UGGGAGUAUUUCAAGGAAAUCAUUGAGGGAAUUAAGAAGGAAGGUUUUUUUUUUCUUCCAUCGAAGACGAUGCUGGUUCUCAUCUUCCAACAAUGCCUGAAAAUCCUCAUCCUGCCCAUCUAUGUGCUUGCCUAUUUUGGCUUAUGGGAUCCUAUUUGCAAAAAAACUUUCCCACUUUUCAUGACUCAGCUCAGCAAACUGUACAAUAAAAAAAUGUGCAAGGUAAAGGAGAAGUUGUUCCAUAACAUGCGCGACUAUGCUGAUGCUUCGGGAAAGCUCCACCUGCUAGAGAUUGGCGUGGGCACCGGCCCCAAUUUUCAGUUUUAUCCCCCCAACACUCGCGUGACCUGCUUGGACUACAACCCCAACUUUCAAAAAUUCCUCCUGAACAGCAUGGCUCAAAACACACACCUCCAGUUCGAGAAUUUUGUGGUCGCCUCCGCUGAGAACAUGACUUCAUUUUCGGACAACUCUGUGGAUGUGGUGGUUUGCACAACUGUGUUUUGCUCUGUGAAGAACACCCAGGCUGCAUUGAAGGAGAUCUUGCGAGUGCUCAGACCCAUUGAAAAGUACUGGACAGGAGGAAGAUGCAGGAUAGCCGUAAUGGUGGCUAUGAACUAG